AUGUGUAUGAAACUCCCGAAGCCACUAAAUCCUGAAGCUGAGGAAUGGCGGCCAACCCUGCCAGCACCACCACCUCUACAUCCCCUUCCGCCGCCGCUGCCAUGCAUAAUAUCGUACCCUCACACUCAGUACGAGCACCCCGCCGCAAUGCCGCCUAUUUGCGGCGAAAGCUCCGGCCAGCAGAGACCCAAAAAUGGUAAAAAGUUCCUGCCACCUCGCCUUCGAAGGGCAUCGAAGUUGCACAGUGAGCCGCCAAAGCUAGAAUGGCGGCCUAAAGUUGCACCAGGCACCGCCGCCGCCGCCUCUUCGAAGACUACUUUAAUGAUAAGAAACAUACCAAAUCAACUCAGGAGAGAUUUCAUGCUGAAAUUCCUGGACGGUUACUGUAAAACUUACUCUGUUGCUUACGAUUUUUUUUACCUCCCUUUUGAUUUCAGAAGGCUGGGCAACUUGGGCUACGCCUUUGUCAAUUUCACAAGGGCCGCCGCCGCGCAGAAAAUGAAGAACAUUCUCUGCAACUACGAAUGGCGCAACACCUACACUGAUACUGGGGAACUUAUCUCCAGCAACAAAGUGUGCGAGAUUAAUUGGGCAAAGAUUCAGGGAAAAGAAGCUUUAAUCAAAAGGGUGGAGAAGAUCCGAUUUAUGUGCGACGAUGAGGAAUUCUUGGCGGUAGUUCUGGACCCGCCGCGCGAUGGGUCCGACCCGAAUCCUCCGGCGCCGGUGAAUGUGGGCAGGAUCUGCCGCUGCCGCUGAUGCCUCGCCUCUCUCUAAAUGGCUGUGUUUUCAAUAUCUCCCUAGCACUGUACAAGCUGGGGUGAAUUGGAAACAUAAGUUAUUUUGUGUUUUAAUCAUGUAUCCCACUAAUCUAUUCAACAUU